AUGAAAGGUUUGGCACGUUCUUUUGUGUAUUGGCCAGGUAUCGACGCCGACAUCGAACGAAUCGCUAAAUCAUGCCCAGAGUGCGCUAUACACGCGCACGUUCCACCAAAAUUCAAUCAGCAUCAUUGGGAGUAUCCGAAAGGUCCAUGGGAACGCAUUCACAUAGAUUAUGCAGGGCCAGUUGAAGGUACAAUGUUUUUAGUCGUCGUUGAUGCUUACAGCAAAUGGAUCGAAGUAAAAACAACGAACCUUACAACUAGCACAUCUACAAUCAAAAUUCUGGAUGAAUUAUUUUCUAGUUACGGAUCUCCAAUCACCGUAGUCUCAGAUAACGCCAUGCAGUUCACGUCCGUCGAGUUCAAAACAUUCCUCCAGUCAAGCGGCGUUGAAUACCACAAGCUAUCAGCCCCAUAUCACCCAGCGACUAAUCGACAAGCCGAACGUUGUGUUCAGACUAUAAAAGAUGCACUUCAUAAAAUGCAGUCCACGUGA